ACCCCGUUAAUCCCAAAUUCCCAAUACAGAACAAUGGAACCGUAAAGUCAAAGAAGCAAAGGAGAGUCGAAGAAAGUGGUAAUCCUGAACAAUGGAAGAAGGUGAUGAACAACUUUCCAAACCUUCCACUUUGAGAUGGAAAAUUCUUCGUAAUGCCCUUCUUUCUCGUCCUCCUUCUCAAUCAGACGCAAAAUCUGAAUCACGAGAAAUCAUCAACCGUAUUUCCAGAAAGGGAAAAGGAAAUCAAAGCUUUAAUUUGAUCCCAUGUCAUCUUCACCAAAUUUCCAGCACCGAGGUUCAGGGUUUAACAAUGGAUGCUUGCUAUUGCUAUUCUUUACCCACUUCGAUUGCUGCUUCUAAUCUCUUUCUUUAUCAAAGGAAAGACAACUGUGCUAGUAUCACUGAUUUUGAGAUUUGCAACAAGAAUGACAUUGAUAACACUGGUGUUGUAUGUCCAUGGCCUUCAGAGGAAAUCCUUUCAUAUUAUUGCUUGUCACAUGCAGACAUGUUCAGGUCUAAAUCAAUUAUUGAGCUAGGUGCAGGAUAUGGUUUAGGAGGCUUAGUUAUUGCUGCUGCCUCUGAGGCAUCUGAAGUUGUGAUAUCAGAUGGAAAUCCUCAAGUAAUUGAAUAUAUUCAGCGAAGUAUAGCUGCCAAUUCUGAAGCUUUUGGGAGUACAGUUGUGACGUCCCAAUUAUUGCACUGGAAUAAAGAAGACAUUGAAACAUUAUCCCAUAAAUUUGACUUCAUCGUUGCAAGUGACUGUACAUUCUUCAAGGAAUUUCAUAAAGGUCUAGUUCAAACUCUGAAAUCAUUGUUGAAAGAUUCUGGCUUCUCUGAAGCUAUUUUCUUCAGUCCCAAAAGGGGUGACUCAUUGGACAAAUUUCUGGAGGAGAUCACGGAAGCUGGCUUGACCUACUGCAUAUCUGAGAAAUACAAUGAGAGAGUUUGGAAGAGUCACCAGGAACUCAUGAAGGGUGAUCAAUCCUGGCCCAACUAUGAGACAGAUCACUGCUAUCCCUUGUUGCUCAAAAUUUCACGGUAACGACUUGUAUGUUGAAGAUCAUUGAAACAUCUCAGUUGAGUAAUCAAGGGACUUGAAGACUUUCCAGCAGAUUAGAGGUGUAUGUUUCAUUGGAAAUUAGCAUAAGAUAUUUUUGAUGUGUACCCUUCCCUCAAAACCUUUAUGACUGUAGUAUUUAUUAAUCAAUUUUCUGUAUUAUUAGAUUCUUUGGAAAAAGAGCAGAAAUCGAAAGCAAGUGUAUACAGGAAUGAAAAGUAUCUUGCAUUUGCA